AUGGUCUUCGACUAUGUAGAGACAACCUCGGCUCUCGAAUGUGCCAACACCUGCAACGGUGUCACCAACUGCACCGGUCUCAUCUACUGCAACGACGACAACAAAUGCUCCGUCUUGACAAUGGAGCAGCGUGUCGUUCCAGUCAGUGUUCCCGACCUUACCUGUAAGGUUUUCACAGAGUUCCCCACUUCCAGUCAGACCUCGACAUCAUGCCAGAAUGGAGGCACCCUUGAUGCUGCUGCCUGUGUCUGUCUGCCUGUCUUUACAGGAGGGAUCUGUGAGACCAGGAUAGAAGACUGUACAGACGUUUCCCAGUACGUUGGUAAUUCUACUGGCACCUACACUGUCUGGCCGACCAACUCCGCACAACCGUUUGACUUGGAAUGUCAAGGCGUCACUACUAUGAUCAUGUUCAGGGACAAAACCAUCAGUGGCUGUGAGGCUGCGCCCGUGACGUACCUCGACGUUCCCUGGACCGACUACAAGUCUGGUUUCACCCACUCCAACUGUUACAUGUGGCUGGGUCUGGAGAAGGUGUAUGCUCUGACUAGCGUCAAAGCUUACUCGCUGUACAUGUUACUGAAGAGAUUUGAUACCAGUCCCGGACAAGUGUCUUACAACGCCUUCUCCGUGGGUGACGAGGCCUCGGAGUAUCGGCUGUCGGUGUCGGGGUUUACCGGGGAUGGCGUUUUCGGAGACCGCUUCAACCUAGGGGACCCAGCUACAACCCUGGAUGGGAGUCACUUCUGUGCCAAGGAUCACUGCAACAACUCAGUCAACCCGUGCGCCGAGUGGCAUCGUGGAGCCUGGUGGAACAGGUUGGAUGUCUGUCAGACGAAUCCUCAUCACCAACGUGACAUUUACUGGCCUCUUGCUGAUGGCAUGUCUCACGAAUGCAAAAGUAUUUAUAUGUUAAUAGGUCCCGCCUAA